AUAUUGCAACUAUUAUUGCAACUGCUAUUGCAACUGCUAUUGCAAUUACAACUGCAGCUUCAAUUGCCAUAAUUGUCUUAAAUGAUAUUAUUCAAUUGAAUACUAUUGAUCCUAAUGACUUACCUGCUUUUUCACUUUUAAUCAAUAUAACCACAUUAGUUCAAGAAGAUCUAAAAAUUGAAAAUGAAGAUAUAACUAUAAAUAUUUCAGUUAGAAAUUACAUAGAUCAAGAUUACAUCAAUAUUGAAAUAAUAUGUUAUUAUCUCACUUCUACACAAUCUACUAGAGUUAAGAAAAACACUAGACAAAAAAAAACUUCUAUCACCUCAAAACCAUAUCUCAAAAUCAAAUCCCAUUCAAAAGUAACUGACUUAGUAAGUAAUAUCUUAAAUAAUAUUUUAGAUCCAAAUAUAUCUAAUCAAACUACUAAUUCAAGUAUAUCUAAUCAAGCUAUCGACUCAAAUAUAUUCACUCAAGCUACUAAUUCAAAAAUAUCUGAUUAA